UAUUAUUUUUUGUUUUUCUACAGGAUUUUAGAUUAUGUCGCCCAUCAAUGAAAGUAAUUUCGACGUAAAUAUUACCACCGACGACGGAGAAUGGAUGACGUCUACGACUUACGUAUUUUUGAUAGUGUUGUCGGCCUGGUGUUUCGUCCUUUAUUACACGACCAGAGACGCGAGAAAACGCCAGUCGUCGUCGAAAAACGACAAUUUCGUCCGUUUUCAGAAACAGUAUUUUGCCGCUUAUUUUCCCGCUCUGUUCGGCGAUUGGCUGCAAGGUCCUUACGUAUACAAAUUGUACAGUCACUACGGCUUCGCCGAAUCGCAGAUCGCCGCUCUUUACAUCGUGGGUUUCGGAACCAGCAUGCUUCUGGGCACCUGCGUCGGCACUCUGGCCGAUCGGUUCGGCCGUAGACGAAUGUGCGUCACCUUCGGAAUAUUGUACUCGGCCUGCUGUUUGACCAAGCUGUCGUCGCACUACUUCCUGCUAAUGUUCGGGCGGUUUCUGGGCGGCAUUUCCACCUCGCUCUUGUUUUCCGCCUUCGAAUCGUGGUACGUCUACCAACACGUCCAGAGCCACGACUUCCCCCGCGAGUGGAUCUCCCUCACCUUUUCCGAGGCCACCUUUUGGAACGGCGUGCUGGCCAUUGGCGCGGGAAUAGCGGCGGACGGGGUGUCGGAAGCCGCGGGCUGGGGCCCGGCGGCGCCUUUCGUGGUGGCCGUGCCCUUCUUGCUGGGCAGCAGCGCGGCGGUGUACGCCACCUGGGAGGAGAACUACGGAGAGAGGAAGAACCCCUCGUCCUGGGGAUGGGGCGGUCUGAGCCGCAUCGUGCGCGAUCGCCGCAUUUUGCUGCUGGGCUUGGUUCAGUCGACUUUCGAGAGCGUGGUCUACAUCUUUGUCUUCCUUUGGACGCCGGUGCUGGACGCCGGUAACCCGCCUCUGGGCUUGGUCUUCUCCGUCUUCAUGACCUGCAUCAUGGUGGGAUCGCUGCUGUACCAGCUGUCGGCCUCUCGAGGGGUGCCGGCCCACGUCCCGCUGGCGCUUUCUCUGCUGGUGGCUUGGGCAUCGGUCACCCUCUGCGUUUUCUCCACCGGUCCGUCGGAUCCCGCGCCCUUCGUUUCCUACCUGUCGUUUUUGGGACUGGAGUUGGCGGUGGGCGUUUAUUUUCCGUCCGUGGGCUUCCUGAAGAGUCGGCUCAUUCCGGAAUCGAAUCGAGCCAACAUUAUGAAUUGGUUCCGCGUUCCCCUGAACGUGGUUACCUGUUUGGUCUUGCUGUGGUUGCACUGCGAAGAAAGGAUCGGCGGAAACAGAGCCAUCUUCGGCUUCUGUUCCGUCCUAAUGAUUUUGUCCAACUGCGCCAUGUUUUAUUUCUGUCGGGCGCCGACUCCGGACCAGUCCGCCUUCGGCCACGGCUGAAAUUGGCCGAAACCCAACGGAAUGUCAGAGGGUAUUUCGGAUCGACGGUUUUAAUAUUUCGAUGUACAGAAAAUUAAAAAUUUUAACGCGAAUACGUCUCUAAAAUAUGAUUGUGCGCGCAAUCGUCUUUUGUAACCGUUAUCUUAAUAAAGAACCGCGGAAGAGGACUUAUUCAUUGGGCUAGGUCCAAUGCAAAUUGUCGACACCGGCGAAGCGUAGAAAAUUUUAGCAGUGUUUUCCGCCUUGAAAACGAAGACUGGAGUCGGACGAAAAAAUAAAAGACGUCGAUCGUUCGUUAAACGGCGACGUAUUUCUUACCGGUUAAAAAAAGGUAAUUAGAAGUAACGCGUAAUCUAAGACUAUAUUCUGGUAAAAUGAAUAAGUGCAAUGUUGUUUCGAUUUAUACGAACGGUAAUUAAAUUAAACGGAUUAGUAAUUCUAGAAACGUAUCGGGGAAGGUGGCCGUCCAGGAAAUGCAAAAGCUACUGUUCAUUUUGCAUUUCAAAAACACGUAUUUUCUGCGCGUUAUUAAUCCCGCUGGUGGAACUCGAUUAAAACCUUUGCCAUUCUGUAAGUGUCGAGCACAAAAAAUUUUACAACAAUGGUUUUCAAUUUGGAUGUAACGUCCGAUCAGGCGGUAACGGCGGAAGGAUUUAUCCCCCUCUUCGAACCUUAUCUUAUGUAUGUCGAUAAAACUAUAAGAAAUUACAGUACAAUGUAUUUAAUAAUUAUAUUUAACAUACGCUUAAUCACAAACAUUUCUUUAAAAAAUAAUUAUAGUGACAACUGGAAUGAUUAAAACCGUGGGGUAGAACAAAUAAAAUGAAUAAAUAAAUAUAAUAAAAUGAUGAUAAAAAAUAAUAAGGGGGUAUACCUGUAAAAUUAACAGUAUUUUGGUUAAAAAGUAUAAAAAAAUUGAAUAAUAAAGGCAGCAAAAACACAAAACCCUUUUAAAAACUACGGUAGGCUUUCGCUAUACAGUAUGGUCAGGAACACAUGCGUAAAAUUGUGGCAGAAAUCAGCUUUCAAUUCAGCUUCUGUUUUACGCUUUUAUGUCAGAACACACACGUAAAAAUUCUGGCCGAAUAGGAAACGCUACUGCCACUAACAGCGCUACAUUUUAUUAACUUAUCUAUCCCUUUGUACCUUCCAUUUUUUCUCCGCUAUAAUUUAGAAAAUUUAAAUUAAUAGAUUUGUAUUCCGAAUUUAAAUUAAGAACUUGUGAUAGUUUUUUCGACAUAGGCCUAUAUAUCGAUUCUACUAGAUCUACAUGUUAUUUGAAAUUUAGCAUCCAUAAACGUUCUUUAAAUACAGUGUCUUUAUACGUGACACCGAUGUGGUCGAACGGAUUCGAUAAACUCCUAUUUCAUUUAUUUUCCGGUUUUUCGAGAUCGUCACAAUUGUAGGGUUAACCCUCAUUGCCGCCAUUGUUAGAAUAAAAACCACGUGUCUACUUUGACGUCACAAAAAAGACUUCUCUUUAUUGGAGAAAUUUUGGCGUAAAAAGUUGAGACACGCUCUACUCUUUUUUUCAGUUAUGUUUCAGUCAAAAUUUUUACGCUUUCUGUUUUAUGCUAGAUUUUACGCACGUAUGUUCCUGGCCUAUUACGUACACAUGAUACGUAAUACUUUACUGUGGAUUAAAGCCGGGACUCCACAUUACCUGAAUCCGCGACGUAAUCGUAAAGCUGAAAUCCAAACUGACGAAACUUUCAGUUUUGUAACGUUCAGUUGGACAGAAACAAGACUGAAAGCAGAGUUAAAAAUUAUUUAACUUUUCCGUUUUCGUCCUGUGCUUCUGUCGUACUGCAACCAAUAAAAACGCGAGGAUUUGUGACGCGUAUUCACGUGCAUUAGUCACGUGUAAUUUGAUUGUCGUAAUGGCGGAAAGUGUAGCGAAAACGACGAGGAAACAAGUAGAUUUGGAAUUCUUCAUCGAAUAAGUUAGAAAAUACAUAUGUCUGUAUAACAAAAAAUGUAAAUAAUUCAAAGAUUAUUAAUAAUGAAAUUGUUAAUAAAUGCGGAGAAAGCGUGGCAAAAUCCGUAGCAUCGUCCAUGUUUGACUCUACGACAAUUACAGAACUAAUCAACAGAUGGCGCAUUUCUAGUGGUGUCAACUUAAAACGAAAACUCUAUAUGUUUCAGUUCUGUUUUCAGGUAAUGUGGAGUCCAGGCUUAAGAGGGGAAGAGAGAGAACGUCUUAAAAUGCACUUUGGUAGUAACCGUUACCAAAUCUCACUGACUACAACACCUGUGUUUAAAUUCAUUCUAUGAAUUUCAAUAUGUUCAAAAAAUUUUCUUUUAAUAAUAAGUUUUUCCUUUUCAAGAAUUUUGACACCGUCGAGUGAAAUCUCGCAACCGGCACUAUUAGUGUGUGGCCACCGCCGAGUUGGUGUAUUUAAACUUUCACCAUCCUUAUAUGCUUUCUUAUUUUAACACUGUCCGUCCCACCAAUGUAAUAAUAUUUUGGUUGACGAGUAUAAGUGAAUAUAAAGGACCGAAGAGGGGCACGAUGCCCGAAAUGCAUAUCCGUUGUGAAUUAUAGAAAAUAAAAAUCUACUUUUUCCAUCAAAGGGAGUGUUCCUGUGUGAUUUGUUUUCAAUAGCAACUUUAUAAAUUCUCAAACUUACGUGGAAGGUUGAGAGAGAAAAGAAAGAUUAAUUAAGGAUACUGUUUUGUUUGUUUUAUUGCCGACCAUUAAAAAAUCA